GCGACAAGGGCAACGUUGACCGCCUCCACUCCAACUCGUGACUUCGCGAGGGAUGAAGCCGUCCUUGUUCGUUGUUCUCGUCUACGGAGCGCUCCUCGUAUCUGGCCAAGUCACCACCACCAACGCUCCCGCCCUUCCCACUACACUACACCAAUCCGCCGUCCCAGUCACAACCACCCUCACCACUCCUACCGUGACGACUCCUCCUGCCGUCAAGACCGACCCGCCGAAACCCACAGAUGCACCACGACCAAGUACCUCUGUAGCAAUCGCGACUCCAGAGUUGCAAGUGGAGCAAGCAUUAACGCAAUCCUCCACAGGCGUCCCGUUAGUCAAACCUUCCAUCGAGUCACCUCCAUCACCUGCCGUCACUACGAAGAGCGAAGACUCACCCCGCAAUUCCACCACGUACGUCAUCGUCGGAGGUGUGGUGGUCGGGGUAGUCGUACUCGGACUGGCCGUGUUCUUUCUACGCCGCCGCCGCCGGUGCGGGGAAAGUGAAGACGACAACGAGGUACGUUUCGACGCAGCUCAUACGUCCAAAGUCAACGAAGGAUAUGCGCCACCCGUUCGAGUCUUAUCUCCAGAGCCAUUCAAACCUGUGAGCAACGGUGCAACAUCAUCCAACACCUCCACCAUAUCGUCGAGGCAGAUGAAAGCAACCACCGACCACGCCGUGAUCGAUGUGACCCCGGCAGUGGACGAUCAUGGGAAUGUUGCUCCCACCAACUUCGAGACCGAGACCACCACGGGUUUCUUUACCUGGCAAAGCUCAUCUCGCCAAAUGACCGCGCCGAUAGCAGCGCCAACUACUGGAGCUUGGUCCACUACCCGCCAGUCAUGGACGAGUGAAGGAAGCUCCAAGGCUAGUAGUCCGUCAUCGUCCACAUCGCAUGGAGUAUCGGCGACGACCAACCCAUGGGCCGCCGCAGGUCGCUCCAACAGCUACGCCAGCGUCGAAUUCGAUCGGCCGAGCUAUGGUGGGAGUAGCUACGGCAGUCGACACAGCCACGGGUCGUUCCUGUCUGACCAAGAAGGCAUGUUCAGUCCCCAGAGUCAUGCUGCGCAUCCUCAGAGUUUCUCGGCGGCGUCGUCGUCCUAUGACAGCUUUGUGGGGAAACAAUAGAAAAUCCCUUGUCUUUCGACAGCUAUUCCAGGAAAAUAAGCCGUCAUAACGAUAGAACUGGACAAGACCAACAGAAGUUACGGUUCAAAAUUUCGAUUGGCGAAAAAUUGAUCGAGUAAUAGAAUUUAAACCAACCAGCCUUUUUGUAUGGAAA